AUGGAUGAGAAGCUGGAAUCCUUUUCAGUAGAAGAAUAUAUUUUUCUUGUCAUCUCAAUGGGGGCAUCGAAGCUUUGCCCUCAUCAGUGUUUUUGUUAUGAAACGUCCGACCUAGUGAACUGUCAAUCCAGAGGAUUCACUCACAUUCCACACAGUAUCCCACAUGGCACGUGGCUUCUGGAUCUUGGUGGGAAUAAAUUGACAGAAUUGAGGAGUACUUCCUUUACUGGGAUAUGGGCACUCCGGGUUCUUCUGAUUCCACAAAGCUGCUUGCAGGUCGUCCACUCUCAGGCUCUCUCCUCUCUGACCUUUCUGGAAAAGCUGGACCUGUCUUACAAUGAGCUCCGUGUCCUUCCUCCAGAUUUCUCCGAAGGGUUGACCUCUCUUAAAGAUCUCAGGCUUUCCCACAAUGCCCUGGAACGUCUUGAGACCCACUCAUUACAAGAACUAGAAAGUCUGGAGAAGUUAGAUCUCAGUCACAACCACAUUCAGUUUAUCGGCGUUGGGGCAUUACGUGGACUUGCCAGGCUAAGGCAUCUUAAUCUGGCCUGGAAUCAAUUGAUGGUACUUCAAGGAGAAAUGCUCACCAUGCAACAAGGACUUGAAGUUCUUCUCUUGGGCCAUAACAAUAUCUCAAAGGUCGAAGCAGAAGCGUUUGCCCCUCUUCAGACCCUCACUAUUCUGAACUUAGAAGCCAAUCAGUUAAAGAGCCUAAAGUUUAAGAUAUUUUUAAACCUUAGGACAACCAGCACGCAUUUGCAACUUUCAGAGAACCCCUGGACGUGUGACUGCGAACUUCAUCGCGUCUUCAGUAAAAUAUUACGCGUCAGGCAUCUCCAUGUAGAUGAUUACUGGAAUAUCACGUGUCAAGCACCUCACCUACUGACUGGUGCAUUUUUGGGAUUGAUGCAUAGUCAGCUGUGUAUAGCAGAAACAGCCACUGUCCUGGUCAUAACCGGAACCGUGAUGGUCACUGUGGUGGCUGCUAUGGUUAUGGCAGAACGGCAGCGAAAGGGGAAGAAGAUGAACCUGGAAAAGCAAGGAAGUGAUCCUAUUCCUUGGGAAUAUCGGGAGAAAUAAAACACUUAAAGUCACAGGCAAAAAAGUG